AUGAACAAACCGAUCCAGCCCGAGCGCAGAGUGUCGGCGGUGGCUCCCGCGCAGGACUGCUCCGGCCAGCCGCCGCCGAGGAAGGAUGUGGAGCUGCUUCUGGUGAAGGAGCAGAAUGGGGUCCAAUACACCAGCAGCAGCCUCUUGCCGGCCGCCUCCAGCCUCCACUACACCGCCGAGGGGCAGCCGGAGAGGGAGACCUGGGGCAAGAAGAUCGACUUCCUUCUCUCGGUCAUUGGAUUCGCUGUGGACCUGGCCAAUGUCUGGAGAUUUCCCUACCUCUGCUACAAAAAUGGAGGGGGUGCCUUUCUUAUCCCUUAUAUCCUCUUCCUAAUCAUUGCUGGAAUGCCCUUGUUCUACAUGGAGUUAGCACUGGGACAGUACAACCGGGAAGGGGCUGCUACGGUGUGGAAAAUCUGUCCAGUUUUCAAAGGUGUAGGCUAUGCUGUGAUACUCAUAGCUCUUUACGUGGGUUUCUACUACAACGUUAUCAUAGCUUGGUCUCUGUAUUAUCUGUUUUCAUCAUUCACAUUUGAGCUUCCCUGGACAAACUGCGGCAACAGCUGGAAUAGCCUAAACUGUACAGAUCCCAAACUCUUCAACGCCUCGGUGCUUGGCAAUGGCACCAAGUACUCCAAGUACAAACUCACUCCUGCUGCUGAAUUUUAUGAACGAGGUGUACUGCAUCUGCAUGAAAGUAGUGGAAUCCAUGACCUUGGCUCACCCCGAUGGCAGCUCUCGCUGUGCCUCUUGGUGGUAGUAAUAAUUCUUUUCUUUAGUCUGUGGAAAGGAGUGAAGACUUCAGGAAAGGUUGUGUGGAUAACAGCCACUUUGCCUUACGUUGUAUUAUUUGUAUUGUUAAUCCAUGGAAUCACAUUGCCUGGUGCAUACAAUGGAAUAAAUGCUUACCUUCACAUAGAUUUCAAAAGGUUAAAAGAAGCUACGGUAUGGAUUGACGCAGCCACUCAGAUAUUUUACUCUUUAGGAGCUGGAUUUGGAGUUUUAAUUGCAUUUGCUAGUUAUAAUAAGUUUGACAACAACUGUUAUAGGGAUGCUUUGCUGACUAGCACAAUCAACUGUGUCACAAGCUUCAUAUCAGGAUUUGCAAUUUUCUCUAUACUGGGCUACAUGGCUCAUGAGCACAAAGUAAAAAUUGAAGAUGUAGCCACUGAAGGAGCUGGAUUAGUUUUCAUCCUUUAUCCAGAGGCCAUUUCAACCCUUUCGGGAUCAACAUUUUGGGCAGUGGUGUUCUUCAUAAUGCUUCUCACACUGGGCAUUGACAGUUCCAUGGGUGGAAUGGAAGCUGUCAUCACUGGGUUAGCAGAUGAUUUCCAAAUACUGAAGCGGCACAGAAAGCUUUUCACAUUUGGUGUCUCCUUUGGCACUUUCCUGGUGGCUCUUUUUUGUAUCACCAAUGGUGGAAUUUACGUCCUCACACUACUGGACACAUUUGCAGCUGGGACUUCAAUCCUGUUUGCUGUUUUAAUGGAGGCAAUUGGAGUUUCCUGGUUUUAUGGUGUGGACAGAUUCAGUGAAGACAUCCAACAAAUGAUGGGCUUCAAACCGGGCCUCUACUGGCGACUGUGUUGGAAAUUUGUUAGCCCUGCUUUUUUAUUGUUUGUGGUGAUAGUCAGUAUUAUAAACUUCAAACCUCUGACCUAUGAUGACUACACCUUCCCUCUCUGGGCAAAUCGCAUUGGCUGGGGAAUAGCAUUAUCUUCAAUGAUCCUGGUGCCUGCCUACAUUAUCUAUAAAUUUCUGAACGUGCGUGGGACCUUUAAAGAAAGACUAGCUUACUGCAUCACACCUGAGAACGAACACCAUCUUGUGGCACAAGGGAACGUGAGGCAGUUUAAGCUUCAACACUGGCUAUCAAUAUGACAACUGACAGGUUGAGGAAAAAGCCAAUACAUUAAACUAAACUGGGAAUAAACGAAAAGUCAAGUUCAAAGCUCUCUUGAUUGUGUUUGGACCAGGCUGGCUCAGAGCUCAUCUACUGAUUCCUUUGAGGGAAGACAGCUUCUGCUCUCUGUUUUCUCUAUUAUUUGGUUUCAAAUGAACUUACAGACUGGUUUUCCAUUUCCUUAUAUCUUUCAGUGCCAUGAGAUCCAUACUUGACCAAAUUUGUGAGCUUUGAUAGAGAUAGAAGUGGAGAAGGGAGCAGAAAAUCAGCAUUAAUUAAAGAAACUCUUGUCUUGGAGAAAUAAAUAAAACACAUAAUUCCUUUUAAAAUUCCUGCCACAACAUUGUUUAGAGACAAACUAUAUACUCAGAGAUGGAUGCAUCUCAAUUAUGAGACAAGAGUGACUUUAAGUGCACAUUCACGUCAUUUGCUUUCUUUCAGGACUAUCCUUUGGGAUAUAAUUUUGCAUCCUUCUGAAGUGGAGACUCAGUGCUUCACUUUCAGUGGUUUGUUAUUAGUCUCUUCUUUUGGUGAAGAAGGUUGUCUUUGCUGUAUAUGUCUGUGCCAUUUUCUGUGCAGUUGAACUAUACACACCGAAAAGUAACAGGGAUGGAAUUAAAUUCCUAUUGUUGUGGCUAUUGAGUACAGAAAGUAAUUUUAACAAUACACUGUAUUUAACAAUGCAAACAUAUUCCUUUAUGUCAGCUAUUAAAAUGGCUUUAUUUAUCACAUGAUCCAUAUUCUACAGACUUUGAGUUAAGCACCAAAAAUAUUUACAAGUAGUCAGAUUUUCCUUCUACAUUCUGUUAUAUUGUGUGACAAAGAAUGUACAGUAUAUAUAAAUAUAUAGGAACAGAGGCAAUGAUUUUUAGAAUAAGCCACUCUAUCCAGUGGCACCAAAAUAUCAAAUGUUGGCUUUGUGCGAGUGCACUAUUAUUAUAAAUGUCCUCUAGGUUCAACUGCCAGAACAUUUUAAGAGUUGUGUAGAACAUCUUGAAUGGAGGGGUCUUCUAGGCAUAACUCAAUUCUCUAGGCCUGCUCCCUCUCUUGUGUAUUUCAAGCAGCUUUAUGACAGCUAGAAAAUACAGAGCAAUCAUAGUGAGAUUGGAUGCUGUUCUGUAUAGUCACUGUUUUAAAGUCAUAUCUUCCCAGUGAUCACUAGGGGUUGCAGUAACUGGGAAUUACUUAUUACAAGAACUAUUCUAAAUUUUAGAGACAGCAGGUUCUCAGUUGAAUCUAGUCUGGAGUUAGAGCCUUAAUGCUGAAUUUCUUUGCCUUUAUAUGUUCAAUUCAGUUUCUUAAUGGU